AGAAGUGAUUGUCGAACAUCUGUCACCAAGCGAGGGCUACGUCCGUUCCGAUCUUGAAAACCGCAACACCGUCAUGGUUCCCGUCCGCAUGACUCGUUAAACGCGAGACAAUUUGCGUUAUCAUAUAAGCUUCCUGUGAAAUCGGCUCGUUAUCUCGGAAAAUCAGCAACGUUUUCACAUCUGACUUGACAUCAUGAGUUCAGGUAGACCAAUCAAAUGCGUUGUGGUUGGUGAUGGGACGGUUGGAAAAACUUGCAUGUUAAUUUCUUAUACAACAGAUAGUUUUCCUGGAGAAUACGUGCCUACUGUGUUUGAUAAUUACUCUGCACCUAUGGUCGUGGAUGGAAUUCCUGUGAGUUUAGGACUUUGGGAUACCGCAGGUCAAGAGGACUAUGACAGGCUACGUCCUCUAUCAUAUCCACAAACCGACGUAUUUCUAAUUUGUUUUUCUGUAACGAGUCCGUCGUCCUUUGAGAAUGUGACUAGUAAAUGGUAUCCUGAAAUAAAACACCACUGCCCUGAUGCACCAAUGAUUCUGGUUGGAACAAAAAUUGAUUUGCGUGAUGAUCGUGAAACUCUCACUGCCCUAGCUGAACAAGGUCUCAGUGCCAUUAAACGUGAGCAAGGACAGAAAUUGGCUAACAAGAUUCGUGCAGUAAAAUAUAUGGAAUGUUCUGCUCUAACGCAACGUGGAUUGAAACAAGUAUUCGACGAAGCAGUUCGCGCUGUUCUCCGACCUGAACCACAAAAACGCCGACAACGAAGAUGCACCAUGCUCUAAGGAUCCACAGAAAGCUGCAUUGGGAAAAAGUUAAAUAUAGGUAAUAACCAGUAUGCCAGAAGGAUGAAAAUUUUGUUAUCGAUAACCGAAGUGACAGGGCGCAGUUGAUUUUGCAAGUUCAGCAGAUGAUUUACUUCUAAGUAUCAUUUUGGCAGCUACGAUUUACCUCGUCUCAGCUAAAGUACAAUACGGAACUUCCCGGUUUAAUAUAGACUGUAAGACUUACAGAUCAUUGAAAGUUUAGGCAUAAUAUGCUGGGGACAAGAUUCAGAAACAUAAAAUCAGAGUAUUACUGAAUUUGUAAAGUUAACAGUGAAGCUAUAUCCGCGCGUGGAAAGUUUCGCAAUUUUGACAUGAGGAAGGAAUUUCGUACCAGCCGCAGAAGAUCAGGUUAAAAAAUAAAUGCGACACGCAUUGACCUUAAUACGUUUUGUCAAAAUAUGUAAAUCGGGUCAUGGAUCAAUACCGGUUAAUAUUAGAGCUUUAAAGCUACUCACCAGAGCUGCCAGUCAUUCGAAUUUCAUUUUCAACAAUGACAACUUAUUUUUAUUCUAAUGCACAACCAUACAUAAUAGAAGCUGCUGUAGUUAUUUAAUAUGCUAACGAGUUCUGUGAAACUGAGAAUAUAGGGUGAUAGAAUUGAUCAUAGACAAGCAGUGCCAUAGCAACGAAGAAUCAAAUAAAUCUCAUAAGUAACUUUAUUUCAAAUUGUAGACAACACGCGACACUGCACUCGCGGGAAAUUCUCUAAAAUAAGUCUGAUAAAAUAAGAAUUAAAUAGAGGCACAUAUGUGGACACAAUUGUACAAGGAAAUAUGAAUUUGUCGAGUUACUUGAUCUUAAUACAUUUUCCAGUUAAUUUGAAUACGUAGCAGGCAGAUUUGUCAAAGAAAAAAAUGGAACAACUUUUAAUACAAUGAAACAAGACUUCAAAACAUGCUCACUAUGUGGAAUUAAUACAUAAAGAAAGGAAUACUGUAGAAUUUAUACUAUGCCAACGAUUUCUCAUGUCAAAUGGUAUUGAUUAGAAAGAACAAAACGAAUAAUGAAGUUCAAUUUUGCUAUAUACAUAUAGUAAUUUAUUGUCUAGAAUUUGAAAGUCCUACUGUUAGGUAACAACAUGUAAAUUUUAUAAAGAGAGUAGAAUAUUGCCUACUCCCUGAUUUAAGUUUUUCUUUUUAUAACUAACCAGUACACCAGUGAUAGGAUAUGUGCAUGCUACGAGAAAGAAAUCCUCGAAAACAUGAACGAAUUAGGAACUUUGAUGUAUUCGUCUGAAAAUAUCAGGAAUAUAAUAUAAUAUUAUAAUAAUAUCAGCUACAUUGGCCUACAUACGAAUUGUAGUUGUGCGUUCUUAAUAGUGCUGUUGUCUUUUUCUUUGACUAAGGAAACCAAUCAAAAUAGAAAUGCUUCCUUAAGAAACGUUAUUAGGCAUAGAUGGAGUUUAUUUUGCGCAAUAUAAUUCAGUAUCAAAGUCGUAAUUAAUAUGGAAAUGAACGUCUGAAUCUGAUAGAACUACACUCUCAUCUGAUAUCUUCCUAUAUUCUAUAUUCAAGUUAUCCGAUGCUUUGAUUUGCAUUACUUCGAUUGAUCCGUACUAUUUGCUUAUGUACAAAUUAUUAUUGUCAUUGAUAGUGUCCAACGUGUCAUGCUCUCUAUGAUGAUUAUUAAGCAUGUCGAUGGUGAAUUCAUAUUUCUCUACCUUUCUUAACCGUUUGAGUCCCAAGCAGCGCGACCGCGCUGUUCAGAUUUUGUGUCGAGAAAACCCAGCACAUUUCGUACAUAUAUAGGGAAAGCGCGGUUACGCUGUUUGGGAUUCUUCGACAGUGUUUUUUCAAUACCGUCUGGGACUCAAACGGUUAAUACUAAUUUAUUUACACUGAAAUGCGCGAACGAUUAAAGUAUAAAGAGAAAUUAAAGCAUAUGUGCCAUUUGGUUUGAAUUUCAUAAAACUAUCUAUGUAUGCCAUAUUAUAUUAUUUGAAAUUCAUGUAAGUCAAUCAAAUGAAAUUGAUAAAAAGGGAGUAUUAAGCGGUACACGAGAAUGAACUAAGAAGGCACGUUACUGCUUGCUAGAUAUGUAUAUAAUAUAGCAUAGGAAUACCUUGCACAAACUUUCAAUUUGACAAAUUAUAUCUCAAAGACUACACAUUGCAAUAUUUUUGUUUGCAUUGUCCGAAAAGCUCAUGGAAAAUCAUUUGCAGCUGGUCCAAAAUGGAGACAAAUUUUGUUUGAUUGGAAUAUUCAUUAACUCAAAGAAAAUAUUUAUAGCAAUCCUCGUAUUUUUUAAGUCCAGUCAAAAAGUGACAGUACGUUUUAAUCAGUCAUACGUUUGUGGCAUUAUUUUACAGCUAUAUGUUUUGCAUGGUAUUGCAGUUUCAUUUAACAGUCUUCGCAGCUCUCAUUUUUUUAUGCAGAAUUCUUUUGUACUGAAACGCGAUAUGAUACUUAAAAUGUUUUAUGAGCAUUUCAUUAUUAGCAGUUUCUAAGUGGACGACAAUAUUUGGUCUGUUUUGGUUCUUCCUUAUUUUGUUCUCUUUUUAAAUAAUUUUUCCACAUGAUUUAUACGUUAAACGUAUCAACAACCGAAGCACAUUUUUCUAAUUAUCUGGCACACUAGCUAGUGCUAUAUAAUUUUCUUUAUGUGUUUAAUGCUGAUACGUGUGAGCUACGUGUACUAAUCGAUUACGUACUAAUAACACAAAGCACAUGCGUCACAAUUUUUGUAAAUGUGUUAUAAUUAAUUAAUGUUACAUACGAAUUGCAUUUAUUGUAAGUGGUGCAUUUAUUUUACUACUUUACAUCACAAGUAAAGAAAUCGCGUCGCAUUUCUAAAUGUAUCAUUUCAAUCAGAAACUUGAAAUAUUUUCUUAGGUAUUACAAGGUUUGUGAAAGCAGCUAUAGUAGGUUUAAGAUUAGCAAUAUAUAUCAAAUCUGCCUAAGAGAAUGUUAAUUUAUUUAAAAAUGACGAACACAUCAUGUAAUUGCACAAAUGCAGUUUAGAACCCAUCAACUGCUGAUGGCUCCAAGCUUUCAAUGUAUUCUAUCAUUCUUAUACACACAACAUAAUAUUAGCUUCACUCACAAAGUGUUAUCGAACCAGAAAUUACAAAAUUAGUAUCUGUAUAUAUUUGCAAUGACAGAUAUCUCACAACUUUCAAUAUUAAGUAGUUUAUUCAUGAAAAAUUCACUACUUCAUAAAUUACUAGUGCCUAAUUCUCUGUUUCAAUAGCUAGUGUAUCACCAUUUUCAAUUCAAUGAAUUUUAUAUCCAGUUUGAUAUUCAAAAUAUCAAUUAUCACAAACACUAAUGUUAUGAUGCUUCUAACAUAACACUGAAGAAUUAAUUUACCUAGAAUUUUCAUUAAUGUUCAGAGGGUAUUGAUGGAUAUUAAAAAACUACUCCGCUUCGAAACUAAUCAUACUUACGUUUCUGUUUACUCUUAAGUUUUCUUUCACGUACACGUCAACGUAAAUUGACUUUCUUUUCAAAAGGUACGAACUUGUAAAUGAAAUGUCGUGUCUUAUACGUAUGAAGUCCUUAUCACAGUACUUGUAAACACUCGAAGGCCUAAAGGUGCUCGGAGAAAGUUAUAAUAAUUGACAAGGAGCUAUGUCUUAUAAUACGAUAUGAGUGGUAUCCGAUUUUACACGUGAUAAAGCUUUUCAUCCAAACAAACACGGGUGAGAUAAAUUACACUGCUUACAGCUAAUGCAAUCGAAAGGAAUUGCUUGGGACAGUAGACUUUAUCUUGUAUCUUUGUUUUAACUAUUAUUAUAUAUAUUUUUUUUCUUUUUCUCAUAAGAUCACCGUAGAGCGCUCUAUACCAAAGUUAAAUAAUUACUACGAUUUAUUAUAACAUUUACAAUUUUUCAUUAUGUAAUAUUGAACAUAAUCUCACAGCGAAUGAAUGAAUUGUAUUCUAGUCACCACGAAUCUGCUUCUGACAGUUUUGUUUGUUUUUGAAUAUUUUUUUUUGCGUAUUUGUAAUUUGUGAACGUGCGUAUCGUACUGAAGUGAGGUAAAAUGAUCCGUGAUUUCCUGAAUGGUUAAAGUGCAACAUAAACCAUUGUACGACUAAAAAGAAAAACGUUAAGUGUUAUCCCAGCUUAAAAUGUUGUCAAUUUUGAUAGGUCAGGAAAAACCAAACAUUAAGAAACUAUGCUGAGCCUAUAUCGGAUAUUCUAUGUAUAAAAUUCAGAUAGAAUAUAUAUAUAUAUAUAAACACACACAUAUAUAUAUGUGUGUGCCUAGGGUAUAACUUGGAUUGUCAGUAAUUUAUAAUAUGUAACAUUUAUCUAUUUUCCUAAGAUUUCUGCAAAUUUAAUAAUUUACUAAUAAGGCAGCACAGUGAAAAUAGCGACUUGUUCUAGACUCAUGAACUCCUGACUCCUGACAAUGACUCCUUUAUGGAGAAUAUUGUAAUACCAUGAUGUGGCAUUUAAUUAGUUAUUGAUAAUAUCAGUGAAAGUUUUGAUUUAUAAAAGUAUUCAAUAAGUGAUAAUUAUUUUUCAUUAUUAAACGAAAAGGAAAAUGAUGGCGAACAAUUGUUCGCGUAAUCCCUCCGCAGUAGAUACGCCUAUGCCUUUAAAACGUUCGCCAUUGAGCCUCUGUGCUGCCUUUGACAGUAUAGCUAACAAUUGAAGUAAAAUUGGAAAAAGUCUCUAAAUUAAUUUUAGUUGUCAUAUUUUCUUAUGGAAGGGUCACGAGUUCGACGUGAAUAACGUAACUGCGUAAAUGCAUGUUCUAUACGAUACUAGGAAGCAUUUAUUUUUUAUUUAUAUGUAUUUUGAAAAGGACUUUUUAAAAUAAACUCUACACGAUACGUA